AUGGCUACCGAAAACAAGCCGGAAGGACUGAAGAAAAUACGAAACCCCGAGAGAACAGUGAGAAUCGCAGUGGGCUACACUGGCCACACCCCUCCGAAGAGCGAUGACGCCGAUGCCAACAAUGAGCCAGGCCAGUUGAAGAUCUACCUUCCCAAAAAGCUCUUGGAGUGUUUGCCCAAAUGUUCCUCUCUUCCCAAAGAGCGCCAUCGCUGGAACACCAACGAGGAGAUUGCGGCGUACCUCAUCACCUUCGAGAAACAUGAGGAGUGGCUGACCACGUCGCCCAAAACCAGGCCUCAGAAUGGUUCCAUGAUCCUGUACAACCGGAAGAAAGUGAAAUAUCGUAAAGAUGGAUAUUGCUGGAAAAAACGGAAAGAUGGAAAAACGACAAGAGAGGAUCACAUGAAGCUGAAAGUGCAGGGAGUCGAGUGUCUGUAUGGGUGCUACGUCCACUCCUCCAUCAUCCCCACCUUCCACCGCAGAUGCUAUUGGCUACUGCAGAAUCCUGACAUCGUCCUGGUGCAUUACCUGAAUGUCCCUGCGGUGGACGACAGCGGUAAACCCUGUGGCCCAGUGCUCUGUUCCAUCAACACAGACAGAAAAGAGUGGGCUAAAUGGAGCAAAGAAGAACUGAUCGGACAGUUAAAGCCAAUGUGUGCAGGGAGCAGUUUGCAUCAGAAAUGUUCCAGUGUGAAGCAGAGGAUCAUCUCUUCAAAGCAGGAGCCAGGAGCAGGUGUGGAGAAGAGAGAAGAGAGCGAGGGGAGCGAGGUCCAGAACAGUGAUGUGUCUGAGGGACAGACAGAGACCACUGCCAACGUGGUCUCAGGCAGAAGUCGCGGCUCUGAUCGUAGAAAUGGCCGUCUCCCCAAACCCUCGCUUCUCCCCCAGAGCAGCAUGGAGGUUUCAUCAUCCACCAACACAGCUCAGGUGGAGGUCCCAGACACCACCCAGAACUCCCCCCUGUCCAUGGGCUCCGACAUGGCCGACAGCCCCGCCCUCUCCUCCAUGGGGGCAGGGCUAAACCAGAGCACGGCCGUGUUUAUGUCCGAGGUCACCACUCUGACCGGAGAUGCCGUUUACUCUACUGGACACACACAUCUCCUGGGACCUGCGCAUGAGGGAUCUGCGACAGGUUUGGCGACUGGGAUCCUUCUGACCGUGACCCCUGAAAACUCCCAGCGAUUUCAUUCGUUCUCUGGAGGCGUGGGAUUGGGCGACGGAGGCGAGCUCGUCCUCUCCAGCUCCCUCGACUCCACCUCGGGGGUCAGCCUUCCGGAAACCACCAUGACCUUUGACCCUGACUGCUUCCUCAACAACCCCAAACAAGGCCAAACGUACGGCGGAGGCAAAAAUGAAAACUGCAACCGAAGUGACGAGCUCCACUGCCCUGUCAACGUGUUUUACAACGCCGCGCUGGUUAAUAACAUCAAAACAGAGGCUACGAAUCUGGAGCAGCCACUAGCUAACGCCAGCGGCUACGAGUCCACCGGUUUAAGCCCGAGUACCACUCUGGAGCAGAUGGAUUUUAGCGCAGUCAUGUCAUCAAGUUUAGCUCAGCAAGCACACCACUCAUCUCCUAGCCUCUUCCUCCAAACGUCCCCACAAACGAAUCAAGCACUCCCAAGUAAUUCAACAGAGGCUAGUCAAGAAGAAAGCCAAAAUUAUAUCGCAUUGUCCAGUGUUUCCAACACAUCUCCAGUAACGACCAACAGAGCAGAGAGCCACGCCCAUCUGCAACAGGCUAACCCAGAACAGCGAACCAUGUGUGGGAGGAAUUCGGCUCUGAAUGGGUCGAACGACCAGAAAGCUAACGUGGUGGACAGCAACAAAAAUUUGAUGUUGAAAUCAGAGGAGGCGUACGCCACCGGGGUCAAAGUUGAACACUAUUUACAAGAAGAAAAUCCAGGAAGAGAAGAGGGAGGGGCCAAUUCAGGAGAAAGUGAAAUUUUAUGCAAUGGGGUUACUUCAGUAGGAGCGAGUCCACAGUCGAUCGCUCAAAACGGCAGCAUAGAUGGCAGUUUGUACAAUUCACCAAUGCCACAACAAGGAGUGACGGCCAAUACGAACACAUCAGGGGCGGGGAUAAGUUUAGAGGGCUUCGAAGCAUCGUUUGGGAGCCAGUUUUCAGAUCUGAUCAAUGAUUUCAUCUCGGUGGAGGGCUCAGGAGCAGGGGUGGGUGGAGCAGUGAUGAUGACACAGGAGGCGGGUGGGCCAGAGGAUCAGGGCAGUGCACAGACUCACCUGCAAGGGACAGGGGUGGAGCAGGCCUCGCUGGGGUUACUGCAGGAGACCGGGAGGCUGUUUGGAGUGACGGAUUAUUCACCUGAGUGGUCCUAUCCGGAGGGUGGAGUAAAGGUUCUGAUCACUGGCCCGUGGCUUGAGUCCACUUCAGAUUACAGCUGUUUCUUUGACCACAUCAGUGUCCCCGCAGCGCUGAUCCAGCCCGGUGUCCUGCGUUGCUACUGCCCCGCUCAUGACACGGGCCUGGUGAUGCUGCAGGUUGCUAUGGGCGGAGAUGUCAUUUCCUCGUCUGUGGUAUUUGAGUACAAGGCCCGAGAUCUGCCCGCACUGCCAUCCUCGCAACAUGACUGGCUCUCGCUGGACGACGCACAGUUCCGAAUGUCGAUCCUGGAGCGACUGGAGCAGAUGGAGCAGAGAAUGGCCGAAAUCUCAAAUCCAAAUCCCAACUCAGAGUCCACGGAUCCCAAAGGAGGAGGAGCCGAGGGUGGGGCUACAGAGCAGGUGAGAGACAGAGGGGGAGGGUCUAAGGAGCAGAGUUCGUUCGAGGCGCGUGUACUGUCUCUGUGUGAACAGAUGAUGGCGCAGUCGUGCUGGGGUUCUGGAUCAGACCUAGAUCACAGUAAAAACUCAAGAGGGAUGACUCUUCUGCACCUGGCUGCGGCUCAGGGCUACGCGGGGUUAAUCAACGCGCUACGGCGAUGGAGAACCAAACACUCGGGGAGCAUUGAGCUGGAGCUGGAGGUGGACCCUCUGAAUGUGGACCACUUCUCCUGCACUCCUCUGAUGUGGGCGUGUGCUUUGGGCCACACUGACUCCGCCCUCCUCUUGUACCACUGGGAUCACAGAGCUUUGUCCAUCCCAGACUCCCUUGGUCGCCUCCCCCUGACCAUCGCCCGAUCUCGGGGUCACACUCACCUGGCGGAGCUCCUGGAACAAACUCCGCCCUCCACCUCCUCCGCCUCCUCCUCCUCCGGCACGCAGAGACCAGCACACACCACCAAGGGUCAGCAGAGUGACAGCGGCUCAGAGCAGAGAGGCCACACAGAGGUGAAGACAGAGACCCAGCCAGACCCAAAGUCCUGGAGCCAAACUCAGCCCCAGGAAGACCCCCCUCCGGCCAAGAGACCCAAGCCCAGCGCAGACACUCCUCUGGGGCAGCAGCUCGCCCCUCUGCCCCCUGGACCCUCCACCCUCACCUCUCUGCUCACCUCCUCCACCAAACCCACUCCUCUCCCCUGCAUUACCACCCCUCACCUCCAGAGGACGCUCCCCCGCCCGCAGGCCGGGACGGGUGGCUCGGGGGGCCCACGAUGGGGGCCAGCCCAGAGGAGCGUGGUCCGGAGGAUCAUGGGCAAAGAGCGGCUGGCGGGGCAUCUGAGGCACAGAGUGGUGGGUGAGAGAGGAGACACGGAGCUUCUGAGUAUCCAUGACAACAGCGAGGAGGUGCAGAUGGACUUGUCGUUUCUGACCGACCACAUCAUGGAGGCUACGUCAGAGCGACUAAAGCAGGAGCCAGUGGAAACAGAGAUUGACUCUCGAGGGGCGGGACUUAGCAGUGAUGUCACAGCUCUGUCAGGAUGCCUCAGCGAUGUCGAGAGGUUCCUCCACCCCGGGCCUCCCUCCCCUGUGCUCAGGCGGAGCUCUCUGUCUGGGGAACAGCCUCCUCAGACCUCCUCCCCUGAGCUUCGCCUCCUCAAAGACCCAGGUCCCAAAAGCCCCGCCUCCCGGUUCUCCAUGAGUGAAUCAGAGCGCGCCGAGCUGUAUGAGAGCAUCAGGCUAGCUCUGCUCUCUCUCCGAAAAAACAAGGGUCCCCUUCAGGAACAACGUAAAGAAAUUGCAGCAGUGAUUCAACGCUGCUAUAAGAGAUACAAGCAGUUUGCACUUUAUAAGCGGAUGACCCUGGCUGCUGUUCUGAUCCAGAGCCGCUUCAGGAGUUUAAUCGAACAGAAGAAGUUUCAGCAAAGUCGCCGCGCAGCUGUCCUCAUCCAGCAAUACUACCGCUCCUACAGGCACUCCCUCAGUCGUCUCCUCAGUAAGAAACAGAACCAGGCCGCUCGCAAAAUUCUGAAGUUCCUGCUCCGCUGCCGUCACAGCCCGAUGCUGGACCACAGACCUCUGAAGCAGGGCCAGAGAGCAGAGAAAGGCCAAGGUUCCUGA